AUGGUAACUUCAGCUGACCGUAACACUCUUGCAGUUCGAUUAAGUGUGCACAUCAGUUCACCGCUUAACCAAAUCGUGACUGUUACUCACAAAAUCGUCCCUGCUUCCGAUUUAGCGUAUCAUCGUCCUUUUGAGACCAGACUUAAUGUCCUGGGAUCACAACACGAACCGAAUGUGGAAAGAAAGUUGACGCGGAUUCCAUCCUUGUUUCUUGUCAUCCUGACGUUUGAUGAGAGUGCAUUAAAUUGCAAGCCAGUUUGCAGCGUGACACGAAAUCUUUCUGCCACGCUGGCUUGUAUGGCCCUAACCUUUCUUGCCCAAUCACAAACCAGGGUGAAAAUAGAUGACUCUGAUGACACAGAUGACUUUGAAGAAAUAGAUUCUGCAACUCUGCGUCGGAGUAACGUAACUCUAAUGGAGCGGCAUGAUCCUCAGGCAGUUGGCGUAAUUGGAUAUACCAGUCGCCAAAAGACAAUACUUGAAUCUGAAGUACGGCAUAAGGAGAACCAAACUGGUACGAAGACCUCGCGGUCGUCGUUCCCCAGCACACUGCAAUUUCGCAGAACUCAAGUUUGGGUUUGGAUUUUGGUUGAGAGGAUUGAACUGGCGUUAAAACGCUCUGCACGUUGCAAUUGCACAGAUAUAUAUUACUUGGGUACCUCAGUGCAUGUUGCCCCGCUUGCAUGUGAGUUUGGUCGACCUGGCCGGCUUGGCCCAACUACCACUCAGACUGUUUCUUCUACCCGAAGAGUUAUUACGGUUCUGCUUGAAAAGGUUGCGGCGCCGGCAACAGGGGUUACUGCCUACCUGGCCACAAAUGGCACACGCUGGACCCAAAGGGGUGAACGGUUAAGCACUGCAAUCGAACUGCCGAUGGAUUUUAUGUGGGCUGUGGGCUUGUGGGCUGUGGGCUUUCUUUACCUUUUCUCCCCUUAUCCUGUCUUCCUGCGAAGAUGGGCGGCGUAUUGA